CACAAUAUUUUCAUAGCUCGAAAAUAUAUCGGUUUUCCGCUACUACAGAUUUUAACUUGCAUAGCGUUUUUUUUAUUGGCUUACGGAAUUUGGUAAUCAACAAAGAGGAGGAUGAAGAUAACGUGGCAGGCUUUGGUUCCGAGAUGUGGGAAGAUUGAGGGGGGUACGUGUAAGAGUCAGAAGAAGGUGGUUCCGAAAUCAGGUUCGACGUCGAGGAUUUCGAUGUCGGAUUUUAGUUCUUCAUCGGUUCUGUCGUUGGAUAUAUCGAAUUCCUUGGUAGGAUCUAAUCUGCAUGUGUUUACUCAAGCGGAGCUUAAAGUGAUCACACAUGGGUUCUCGUCGAGUAAUUUUCUUGGGGAAGGAGGUUUUGGACCGGUUCAUAAGGGGUUCAUUGAUGAUAAGCUUAGGCCCGGUCUGAAGGCUCAGCCUGUUGCUGUUAAGCAUCUUGAUUUAGAAGGCAUGCAAGGCCAUAAGGAGUGGCUGACUGAAGUGAUAUUUCUUGGACAAUUGAGGCAUGCACAUUUGGUGAAGUUGAUAGGAUACUGCUGUGAAGAUGAACAUAGGCUUCUGGUUUAUGAAUAUAUGGCCAGAGGCAGCUUAGAGAAUCAGCUUUUCAGAAGAUACUCAGUGUCACUUCCAUGGUCAACUAGAAUGAAAAUCGCGCUUGGUGCUGCAAAAGGCCUUGCUUUCCUCCAUGAAGCUGAAAAACCUGUUAUAUAUCGUGAUUUUAAAGCUUCCAACAUUUUGCUAGACUCUGACUACACUGCUAAGCUCUCAGAUUUUGGGCUUGCAAAAGACGGUCCAGAAGGAGAUGACACACAUGUCUCAACACGAGUUAUGGGCACACACGGCUAUGCUGCCCCCGAAUACAUCAUGACUGGUCACUUGACUUCAGCCAGUGAUGUGUACAGCUACGGAGUGUUACUAUUGGAGCUACUAACUGGACGGAGAUCAAUGGACAAGAGCAGGCCUAGUCGAGAGCAAUGCCUAGUGGAAUGGGCUAGAUCAUCGCUGAAAGAACCAAGAAGGCUUGGCCGAAUAAUGGACCCAAGACUUGAAGGUCAAUACUCAGAAAUUGGGGCUAUAAAGGUAGCUGCAUUAGCUUACCAAUGCCUUAGCCACAGGCCAAAAUUAAGGCCAACCAUGAGUACAGUGGUUAAAACUUUGGAACCGCUAAAGGAUUUUGAUGCCACUUCAGCUGGACCAUUUGUGUACACAGUAUCACCACAAAAUGAUUCACCGAAGGAAGAUCAGAAGGAUAACAGGUCAGCAAAGGCAUCCAAAAGCCCGAAUUACAGAAGCCAUUACCUCCACAAGGGUCACAAGCUGUAGAAAAUCACCAAAUCUCAGAGUACUAGUCAGUUCUCCAGAACUGCUCCUAACCAAACUCAAAGACUUGGAUAAGCAGUUCACUGGUAGAAAUAUGAUAUUGGAAAUUUAUGUCAUAAGCGAAAGAGCCUUGUGAUGUAUUAUUUCCCCAGAUUCAGGAGUGCAAAAUGUCAAGCUAGGGAAAGUCAAUAUCUUUUUUUUUUUCAUUCUUUAAAUCUUGGAUCUGUAGACUUUUGAUAGCACUGCUGGUAAGCAAUUUGGUUGAUUUCUAGAAGUUGUCAUUAAGAUUCAAAUAAAGUCUAAUGCAACAAUCAGUAAGAAAUUAAGCAACAAGUUGUCUAAAUUCUGAAGACUUCUUCAUUUCUGCUUGCUUCUUGUCAAUAAUCAUGAUGGGGAACGCCAGAAUAGAAUUCAUCCGA